AGCUAUUUUAAGUAUACAAUUCAAAAAGAAAUCUCCUAACUCCGAAAUAAAAUAUUUUAAGCACGGAAAUAAAUCAUUUUUCGUACAAUUUUAAUUAGAACCCAUACGCACUACAUCCGCAAUUUUAUUUGAAGCUUUGUGAUACGCAAAUUGCAGAUUUGUCUACAAUGGAAAACAUCGAAAAAAACUGGCAGGAUCAGAAGCCGCAACAGCGCAUGGAAUAUUUGCUGAAAAGUGGACAUUUGUCCGAUUGCAGCUUUGUUGUUUAUGGUGAUGAAGGCGAGAAGAUCGUGUUAAAGUGUCAUAAACUUGUGCUUAUGAGUGUCUCUCCGGUAUUUGAGCGCAUGUUUGAGGGCGAUUUUGAGGAGUCUAAAUUGGCCGACAAUAUUGUAUUGGACGAUGUAUCGGGAACGGAUUUUCAAAAGUUCCUUUCGUAUUUGUAUUGGCAUGACAAUCAGAAACUAGAUACCUACAAAUUAGAUACGAUACAGUCGUUAAUAUACUUGAGCAAGAAAUUUAUGAUCCCUAACAUGACCAUAAAAUGCUUGAAUACACUAAAGAAAAGAGCGUCCAAAGGUUUGGAUCCGGAUACAACAAUAGAUUUGUUUGAAUAUGCCCACCAAAUUGAGGAUAUAGAGUUGAUUCACUCUAUUAAAAUGAAAUUUACGGGCAACCCAUCUUUGUUUAUUAACACUGCUGCUGUCUUUGAUCUUAGUUCCGAUAAGUUCUUAUUAUUUAUUCGCACUUUUAAUGGGUGGGUGGAAGAAAAGAUUCGUUUUAAAGUAAUUGAACAUUAUUGCAAUGUGCAUGGUUUAAAACUAACUAUGACUAAUACUGAACAAGAGGAUAUAAAGGAAAAUUGUGUGUUGCCAUCCCUCACUGCUGCAUUUGAGAAGGACGAAAAUAAAAACAACGUGAAGGCAAGUAAUGACGAAAAAGAUUCAAAUAAAAACGAAGAAAAGAUGACUAAUACUAAAGAAGUUGAAGAGGAUAUAAAGGAAAAUUGUGUGUUGCCAUCCCUCACUGCUGCAUUUGAGAAGGACGAAAAUAAAAACAAGGAAAACGAAGAAAAGAUCAGAAAUCAGCGCGAGCAAGAGAAAAGAAUGCAGUUCAUCACCGAACUGAUGGAAGACAUCAAGUUUCCAUCAAUGAGUUCUUAUGAUUUCAUUGCUGGUCCGGGUGCUUCUGAUUUACUAACCAUUGAGAAGAAAUACCAAAUACUCUCAGAAAUUUGCAUUGCCAAAGACAAAAUGAAAACAUUUGUUUAGAAUAAAUAAAAACUUCACAAAUAUGUUUAU